UCAGUAACAGAGUUCUAAUGACUGUUCCAAGGAAUUCACUGGGCGCUUUUUUGACGCACGCUCGAGGUGCUCUACGCACUGCUAUAGAGUCGAAACAGAAAGUUACCUUUGUCAUCGGGAAUGAAUCUGCCGGUGAGCGGUUAACAAUGUCGGCUUCCCUAGGGCUAGAUCUGACAAAUAGUAGAUCUUGAUUCGAUGACAAGCUCAGUACUUUUUGCGUAUAUUCGGUCGAUGGCUUCACCACGCAAUGCAUUCACUCCGCUGUAUAUACCAAUCACCAAUAUUCCCUCUUCGGGGAUACAGCUGCGUCCGGAGUUCAUAGAAUUGUUCAAGUACGCGAAUAUUGAAUCCCGCCAUCUUAUCACACUGGACGAUCUGCCCGAUCUAUCGACUAUUGAAUCGCAGCUGCCACCGGAGAACACGAAAUGGAUACUAGUGGAUCACAAUGCCCUGCAAGGCCAGCUGGGGAAAAUCUAUUCUAAGCGCGUCUCUGGAGUAGUUGACCAUCAUGAUGAUGAACGCAAGGUGCCUGACAACACAGGUGACGAGCCUAGGAUCAUCGAGAAGAGUGGAAGCUGCACCAGUCUUGUUGCCAAUUAUUGUCGACAGGCAUGGGAUCUUCUCUCAGACUCUGCCACCUCAUCUGGCGCCGCUCACGCGCAGGGGGAUAGCUUGUCAGACGAUGACGCUGUCGUCAAAUCUUGGGAUGCGCAAGUAGCCCACUUAGGGCUGGCCAGCAUUUUGAUUGAUACGACCAAUCUCCAAUCCGAAGACAAAACCACAGAGCACGACAGGAAGGCUGCUGAGUACCUUGAAGCCAAGAUCAAGUUGUGCACAAAGUUUUCAGCAAACUUUGAUCGAGAUAAGUUUUACGAAGCCAUUGAUUCGGCAAAGAAGGACAUUGCAGGCCUGGAGCUGCAAGAUAUAUUGAGAAAAGACUAUAAACAAUGGGACGAAAAAAGUCGGAAACUUGGCGUCAGUUCAGUGGUCAAGCCGAUUGAGUUCUUGCAGCAAAAAGCCAAAGACGAAGCUCAGUCCGACUUUUCCACCGAUGAUGCCUUCUUGGAUGCACUGAAGCGGUUUUGUGAAGAGCGAGAGCUCGACCUGUACGCAUUGAUGACCACGUCUACAUCGCCCGAAGGCGAGUUCCGGAGAGAGCUCCUCGUCUGGGCAUUCAACGAUGCAGGCAUAACCUCAGCCAAACAGUUUGCUUCGGAUUCGCACGACGAGCUAGGGCUCGGAGAGUGGCGUGGUGCGGGAGGAGAGGGUUACGACAGUGGAGGUGACGGGUAUUGGCGGCGUGUCUGGUGGCAGAAGAAUGUGCAGCAUAGUAGAAAACGAGUUGCACCUCUGCUCAGAGAAGCUAUGCGUUAG